UUCCGCGCUCCUCACAUGAACGCGCAAACUCUCUCCCGUGUAUCGAUGAAGCUGGUUGAAACAUGGCGGACUUCCUGCCGACCCGAUCCGUGCUAAACCAAUACUUCCCUGCUUGCCUGCUUACCAACACCGAGGUUGAACAGCUGAGGAAAUCUAAGGCGAUUGACAAAAGUAUUUCCCGGGACAAAACCUACGUGAAACGACUAGUGAAGAUACUUCUACUGGGCGCGGGCGAGAGCGGCAAAUCCACUUUCCUCAAACAGAUGAGGAUUAUCCACGGGCAGGACUUCGACCAGCAAGCUCGAGAAGAGUUCCGGGCAAUAAUUUACAGCAAUGUUAUCAAAGGUGUGCGUGUGUUGGUGGACGCACGGGAGAAGCUUCAGAUCCCCUGGGGUUCCCCUGACAACCAGGUGCACGGAGACAAUGUGAUGUCAUUUGACACACGAUCUUCGAUGAUGGUGCAAGGCCAGGUGGAGACGAGCGUGUUCCUCAAGUACCUGCCCUCUAUCCAGGCCCUGUGGGCUGACGUUGCCAUACAACAAGCCUACGACAGACGCAGGGAGUUCCAGCUGGGUGAGUCGGUUAAGUAUUUCUUGGACAAUGUGGAGAAGCUGGGGGAGCCGAGCUACAUCCCUUCCCAGCAUGACGUCCUGCUAGCCCGUAAGCCCACUAAGGGCAUUCAUGAGUAUGACUUUGAGAUCAAGAGUAUUCCCUUCAAGAUGGUGGAUGUGGGAGGACAGCGCUCGGAAAGACGGCGGUGGUUUGAGUGUUUUGACUCUGUCACCUCCAUACUGUUCCUAGUGUCUUCUUCAGAGUAUGACCAGGUCUUGAUGGAGGACAGGCAGACCAACCGGCUGAGAGAGUCGUUGAACAUCUUUGAGACGAUUGUCAACAACCGAGUCUUCAUCUCAGUCUCCAUCAUCCUCUUCCUCAACAAGACUGACCUGCUGGAGGAGAAGGUCUUGAAUGUUUCGCUAAGUAAAUACUUCCCAGAGUACACGGGGCCGGACCACAGCCUGCCGGACGUCCAGAAGUUCCUAGUGGACUGUUUCCGGGAGAAGAGAAGAGACUUGACACAGAAGCCCCUCUACCACCACUUCACCACAGCCAUCAACACAGAGAACAUCCGCCUGGUGUUCCGAGAUGUCAAGGAUACUAUCCUCCAUGACAACCUCAAACAGCUGAUGCUCCAGUGAACUAUGACCUCCAGAGAGGACCUGAGCAAAACCAGCCUCCGAGAGGACCCCAGAGAGGACUUAUUCUCCUGCCUGAAAGAGGACCUGAUUGAGGACCUCUCACCUUUUUAAAAAGAGGACCUGCAAUAAACCAGCCUUUAAGAGGACCUGGUUGAGGACACCCAUGCCUUGGGGAGGACCUUGACGUUCCACUUCUGUUUAGAUGUUUUUAUUUGGUUUUUACUGCCCUGUGGUGAGUGGAUGGUCUAAAGACUGCUCUGAAGUCAGUUUGGCUAGGGACAUGAUUGAAUGCUGGAUAAUAAGCUCUGUCCCUGGGCCAGUUUGAUGUCUACCCUGAUGCAUACCGUGCUGUCAUAGCCCCUCUCCUGGUCCACUGAUCUGUGUGACUAACUGAUGGAGAAACCAUAACGCCUUCAUACAACAUCUUAAUAACCCUUAAUCACUGUGUGUGUGUGUGCGCGCACGCAUGUGUUAAUCUGUACUGAGCUAUCUGUGUAUACCUGUCUAGCCUUAGGUAUUUGCGUAAACUAUCCUUUAAUCAAUCAUGUUCUUGAUCACCUACAUUCCAAUGUGUGUGUGUAUACAGUUAAAUGUCUGCCUUCCUAUUCCCUGGUAGUUAUCUUGUAACUCCGCUGUAAGGACACACACACUUGCAGCAGGCAGGCGUGCCGGUUAGCUAAUAUUGUUAUCUCAGGGUUGUAUGGAGACCAUUGUAUAAACGUCAUUAUUGUGUCUGUAGUCUAUUGUCUAGACCCCUCAAAUUCAAAAUCUGGACCGUCGUUGCUUUUUUUCCAUUUUCCCCCUCUAGUCAGGGACUGGUUUAGACCUGGGACAUCAGGUGGGUGCAAUUAAUGAUCAGGUAGAACAGAACCAGCAGUACUCCAUACCUCGUAGGGUCAUAUUUGAAUACCCCUUGUCUAUAUUGGAUACUCCAGGUUAAAGCUUUGGAAGAAACGGGCUGCAACGGGGAGGUACUAUCUGAACUUGUCCAAUAAGGAACGCCUGUUUUUUUUUUUUCAUUGCACAAUGUUUUGAAACGUUUUGCUACAGUGUGCUCUAAUGAAUACAACCCAGAAGAGCAGAGGGGUGUGUCUCAGACCCUGGGCUGCAUUCAUUUUGGGAGCAAAUGUUAUAUAACCGUCAGGUAGAUCCAUACAGGCAUGUUAAUUCCUAUAUGAACGUUCUAUAACGCCUCCCUCCCCUCCCAUUGGUGCCCUCGUAAAGGAACGUGCAUUGCGUUAGACAGCCUCUCUGGCCAUCUGUUUGAUGUUUAUAGUUGUACAGACUGACUCCAAUUUAUAUUCUAGUUGAAAUGUUUUUGUUUCUUUCCUGUCUAUACUGUAACCUGUGUUGUUGACGACCAUCGUGUGUGUGUGUAUACUGUCCUAAUGUGUAUAGGUAUGCUGACACUGUAAAAUCUGCCACCUUUAUAGUGCUGAAUGACAGCUUGAGGCUGACUCCAGAUCAGCGUUUGAACGUUUCUCUCCUGCUAAAUCACACUCUGCCUUCACCGUAAGUGUAUAAGGAUCAACUGUCAUAGUUUCCCUCUAGCUACGGAGAUGACGCGUCUGUCUUUCCGCUGUACCUCUCUGGCUCUGGCCUUGUACAUACUGACACCUGAUGCCUUAGUUGUAAUAUAAAACACUUGGUUUACUUUCAUGUGUAAAUGGUUGUUUAAAAAAUGGGCAGAUGAUGAUGAUUGCUGUUUCACACUUUGCCUUGUCGUUGAACAGACUAUGGACAUGUUUCCUUUUUCUAACAAUCAGCGUUCUUCCUUGUUUAAUGCCACUCUAACUGUUAAAAUAAAACAUAUUUCUUUAA